UUCAUUUCAGAAACUGCGACCCAGAAUCACAGCUCGGCAGUUGCGAGCGAGUCGCCGCGGGAGUAGUAGCUUGUGUGUUGUAGGUCUCCAGGGAUCCAGGGAAACACUCGCCAUGGAGUUAACAGCCGAAUCCCCCGAGCCGCUCACGCUCAGAUUGUACUUGGAGGAAACGCUCCAGACUUUUAUAGACAUUAUUUCGGAACUCGCGAGGGACUUUGACUCCAAAAUGGGGCUGGUUGAAUUGCAAAGGGCAAUCGAUGACAUUGACAGAAAUAUGCGCGGCUACCUUGGAGCAGCAAGGGACAGGCUGGAUCAGCUGCGGACAGACAAUACUCUCGUCUACCACGCCUACCAGAGUUGUGCCAAUCAGAUGUUCGAGUGGAGUGUCUCCAUCAGCAGCACCCUGGAUACUUUGAUUCCCCUCCUAACCAGACCAAAUUCUUCCCCGGCCGAUAAGACACUCUUCUGGAGAACGAUUGCCAAAGCACUUGGCACUGGCCUGGCCAAAGCAGACAUUUCACUCGACUACUUGAACGGCUUGGAGGCCAAUGCUCUGGAAGAUCACUUUCAGGCAAUGCUCAGAGCUCUCAGGAAUGACUUCGCCCUGCACGGCGUGUAUGGCAAGAAGGUGCGGGAGUUGAAAUCUAAAAUAGCUGGCGAGGAGCCUCCAUCCGAACGGAUCCGAACAGAAACCCUCUGGGACCAUCCCCAAGUGAGUGAUGAAGAGUCCUCAGAAAAAGAUACUGUUCUAGAGGGGUCCGACUGCUCAGCCUACGAGAAACCCAGCUCGAGUGACCCAAAGCGCAAAGUAUCGGGAGCAGGGUGCGUGGCAGAACCCACGCCCAAGUUCGAAAAUGCAGAGAAACGAGGGAUCAUAGAAAGAUGCAAAAAAAUUGCUUACUCUUUGUAUUCGGUUUUCUUUCCAAUUCAAGGCAAGCCUGAAGUCUGCAAGAAAAUCUAUGAAGACGAGUUGGGGAAAGUCAACACCCUUCAACUAGUCCUGACUGGGAACAUCGAGGAGGCCAUUGCAAUCUUGGAAAAGUUCAUUCUUCACUUGGAGGCCGACAAGAAGAGGUUUUUAAAACUCAGGCAGCUCAACUCCCGGGACCUGAAUAUAGCAUUGUUGGUGGCCCAUCCAGAGCUUAGGGCUGAUACUUUUCCACAUCUUCUGAAUUUAAUGAGAGUUUGUGUUUCCUAUAAAGAACUACGCACAAGCUUGUUUUGAAAUUAUUAUUACAUUAUUUUUCUAACGUUCUCUCUCAUAAUACAUUGUAUUAUAAAUAAAUGUUAUAGACGUAAA